GGAUUUUUUGCAUUUAUAGCAAUGGUUAUGAACUGUACUGCAGGGAUGGAACAUAAGCCGCAGAAAAUGUAGGUUGUGGUGGCAGCUGCAGAGGUAUUUUCGUGUAAGAGACAUAACAUCAGAAGAUUUACAGGGUGUGUUAAGUGGUGUCCCACCCUUUCAGGUUGUUGGCUUGAGGUAGGACUAAAUAUAUUUAAAUAGUGGAGUAGGGUGGUGUUAUUUUGUAUUUUUUUGUGAGUGUAUUGUUAGAUGGUAGGUUAUAUGUUUAUUUUUUCAAGCAAAGUAUAAGGAAGUUGUACUCCAGUCUAGUAGGUGGCGGUAAUGGAACAUUUAUUGGAUGCCAACCGCCGUUAAACCUCAAAGUAGUAGUAUUUGGUCAAGUUGUAAAGUGCUCUGUAUCGCUUUGGUUACUAUGGAGGCAGUUGGUUAGCUAGCUACGGUAAUGUUAGCCGUUAAAUUCCCACACACAGGACCGAGGAUCACAAACAGUACCAAAAAUCUUCACAAUGAAAAAGGGGGUUACCCAGAGGAUCUCACCAAGGAGAGGAGCCAAAGUAAGCUUAAGGAUGCAGAGUCUGGGCUCACCACUGUUGGACCCUUACAGCCUUACUCCACAUCCCACCCAUUUACCUCUCCACCGGACAACCCACUCCAAGAUGGACAGUAAUCACCAGUUAGACAUUACUGAUGCGAAUGAAGAUUGGCUACUCACAGAGACUGUGGCCAUUGAAAGUAGAGAAGGACGAGUCUGGUCAAAACAUUCAGAUGAAGAGAGUAUCCAGGGAAUCAGAUAUAUCACAGAGGACCUGAUCUCGAGGCUGACCAAGCAGGACAAUUUAGCCUUUGUACGGUCCCUAAACCUGGCCGUAACAAAGAGUGGAGACAAGAAAUUCAAGUUCAUUGAGAAUUUGGAGAAGUGUGAGCACCUGCAGAUCCUCAACGUCAGCCAUAAUGUCAUUGAAAAAAUUGAGAAGCUUGAAAAGCUGCACAACUUGCGGGAACUACAUCUCUCUAACAACAUAAUCCAUAAAAUUGAGGGCCUAGAGCACAUGGCAAGUCUUCAGCUUUUAAAUCUUUCCAGCAAUGACAUUGGACAUGUGCCUCUAUGGCUGGCUAAGAAACUGAGAUCACUCCAGACUUUAAACCUUCAACGUAACAAGAUCUCUUCUCUGCAUGAGCUGUCCAGACUAAAGCCUCUGAAAAACCUAACAGAGUUGACCUUGGCAGAGAACCCUAUAGCCAAUCUCCCCCAUUACCGUCUCUUCCUGGUUUUCCACCUGAGGUCACUUGAGACACUGGACGGGCAGCCUAUAAGCCAGGAAGAGAGAGAGCAGGCCCCCCAGCGCUUUCAAAUGGAGGAGAUUGAGCGUCUGGAGCAGGACCUAGAGUGUCGUGUGGCAGAGAUCGGGAGGCUACAGAGUGAGCAGGUGGCUGCAGUGGAGGAGCUUGAGCAGCAGGAGGAACUCAUUGACCAACUGCAGCUAAAGAGCCUGCAGCAACAGCACUGCCAGGCCCAGCAGAAGCAGGAGCUGGACACCAAGACAGAGCUGCUGAAACAGAAAACGGUGGAGCUGACACGCGCAUGCCAGAAGCAGUAUGAGCUGGAGCAGGAGUUAGCCUUUCAGAAGAUCGAUGCCAAGUUUGAACCAUAUCCCUAUUACCCAGACCAUGAGUUGGAGGCAGAGAGCUUGCUGGAGGAAAGCCCUUACAUUGGAAAGGCACGGCACAAAAGGAACGCAGUGGUCUCAGAUGGCAUCCAGAGUCAUCAGAUGCCAACUGCAGGCCACAUAGAGACAGACAACCCCAGGCAAGAUGUGGCCAAGAUCAGCUCCAGAGACUGCAGCCAAGAACAGACUAAAGCCGAGGAGCGUCUGCAGCAGUUGCACAGGGAGAUCGAGGAGGCAGAGCAGCAGGUCCUCAGGGCCGGUGGAGAGCUUCGCCAGCUGCAGGAGACACUCUCCCAGAAACAGGUGUCCGAGGCAGAGAAAGAGCAACUAAGGCAGAAGCUCCACUGGAGGUUCCAGCAAGUGAGGCAGCUGAGAGAUGAGGCGGAGGCUCUGGAGGGCCAGCUGGAGAUACAGAGCGGGGAAAUGAACCGAACCCAGGGAGAGCUGGGCCACCUCCAGGACCUACUCCACACACUGGACCCUAGGGCCCCCAGGGACCCCCAGCAUGCCCAUGUGAAGGCUCAGGUGUCCAGUAAGAGCCAGCUUCUGGACAUGAUGAGCAGGAAGCACCGGGAGCUGGAAGGCCGGCUGGACGACAUGCUCUCCCGUAUCGCCAAGGAGACCGAGGAGAUCAAGGACCUGGAGCAGCAGCUGACCGACGGUCAGAUAGCAGCCAACGAGGCUCUGAAGAGGGACCUGGAGGAUAUAAUCUCUGGCCUGCAGGAGUACCUGAGCGGGGUGAAGGAGCAGGCCCGGCGUGCCCAGGCAGACUGCCACCACCUGCAGAGGGAGAUGGAGGCCCUGCAGCGCUACCUGGAUGAGAGCCAGGAGCAGCGCCGCCUGCUGGAGACAAUCGCCACCACCACUGAUACAGAGAAAGCACAGCAGCAGCAGGAGCUGGACGAGCUGAGGAUGGAGAACGCUGAGCUGCGGCGGGCGCAGGGUCAGAUCAGCGCCUACGAAGCAGAGCUGGAGAGCCAGCUGCAGGAGCGCCACACUGAGGUGGGCCAGCUAAAGGAGGAGCUGGGGCGAAUGUGCAGGCUUAGCCAGUUGGAGCACGCUGCCCUGCAGGCGGCGUUGGACAAGGAAAGGCAGUCCAAGGACAAUGCCCAGGCCCGACUGCAGCUGGUUGCAGAGAGGGAGCAGCAGAGUGAGGAGCUCCUGGAACAGCUCACUGCUCUACAGGAGGACAAGGCCAGUCUGGAGGAGUGUGUGGGUGCUCUGCAGAGUUCUCUAGAGCAGGCCAGGGAAACAUCGCUAUGCCCACAGGAGGUGCAGAAGCAUCUUGAGCAGAUGAUAAGGACCAUCACCUCAGGGCAGCCUGGCCACAUCAGCAGGGUGCGCAGUGAAGGGGGCAUGGUGGGCCGCAACUUGGAGCGGCUGCAGCGUGAGGUGCUGGGAGUGGUGUCUGCUGCCCAAACAGACCGGGACCAAGCCCAGCAGGGCCAGGCUCGACUCAGUCAGGAGCUGGCCUCCCUCCGAGAGCAACACAAGGCAGCCUGCCAGGCUGCAGCACAGGCCACGGCAGCAAAGAAACUCUGUGAGGAGGAGAUACUCCAGCUCAGGAGGAACUGCAGGAGAUGGAAGUGGUUGAGAGCCGCCAAAGAGCAGCUCCGCUCCUUACACACCAUCGUGGAGCAAAUCAACCAGGAGAGGGAUGAGGAUGCGGAGGAGCUGGAGGGGUCUAGAACAGCGGGAACCUGGAGGAGCUUAUGGGAGGUGUGUGCUCUCAGGGAAAACCUGGUCCAGCAGAACCAGGUCUUAUCCAGCCUCAGAGACCCUCAUAGGACCAGGGGUCACUGGUACUAUGUCCCAUCAUCCACAAAUGCUCACAGUUUAGGUUCUCAGGGCACUCAGGAUUCAGGUCUAGGGUCGCAGUAUCCUACCUCGCCUGACAGGGGGCACCGCAGCAGCAGGCGCAGGGGGGUCAGCAGGGAUGGUCCCCAGCCUGGAGGGGGAUACUGGGUCUACUCCCCUCCGGUGCACAUAUCCUCACACACUUUCAAAGGAAGAGGUGAGGCGAGGGACAGUGGUGGUGAGAGCGAUGUGGUAGACUGCAGCUCCUCUGGGAUGGGGACUGGGGAUCAAUUCAGCCAUCCCCCUGGCUUGGCCAUCUACACCAUGCUGCCCGACGGUUCGCCCCUGCCCCCUGGCUCUGUGAUCUAUGCCCUCCCUGCGGCCAGCCUGGCAGUCAGUCCCGGGACGGUCAUCUACGGGUCUCCACCACAGGGGGCCCACCUGGUCUAUGGCCCCAGCAGCCUCUCUGGGCCCUUGCUCGGAGUCAGCUUCCCCACCGGGGUGCUCCACUGCAACAUGCCGGGGCACAAGGAGAUGGAGAGGGAGCUGGCCAGGCUGGAGCAGCUGGUGGAGGAACAGCCACGUGGCAGCCAGGGCCCAGGGGAGGAGGAGAUGCAGGCCCAUGUGAAGAGGGAUGUGCUCAGGCACCAGGAUCAGCGCACACAGCUCAGACUGGAGCUCAGAGAGCUCCGGAGAGCCUUAAGCCAACUUCGCCGCAGAAGGUACGGUAACCCUCAGCUCUCACAGUCCAGCAGGGUUAAGGGAGAUGCUGGAGGGGGGUCAGAGGUUGUGGAGGAGUCCCUGCGGCACCACGGGGCUCUGCUGGAGGAGGUAGAAUGUUUGGAGAAGACCUUGCUCCGCCGCAGGGCUGAACUCAGGGAGGCAGACCGACUGCUGCUGGAGGCACAGAGCAGCUUGAAGGACACAAGGACCAAGACUAAAGCGACUCUCCAGCAACACACUGAGGCCCGGAAGCGGCUCACCGACACAGAGCGGGAUCUGGAGGAGCUGGAACUCCGCACUCGGGACAGCGCCUCUUUGCUGGUGGAGGCCAAACAGCAUCUCAGGGAUCUGCAGGAGGAUCUCCAGGAGCUGAGGAGACGCAAGGAAGAGCAGGGAGACACUCUGCAGAGGGUGGAGGAGGUGGUGGCUGCCCGCGACCUGGUGUUCCAAGAGGUCAACAAGAAGGUGAAACGAGCCAGUGAGCGACUGGAGGCCCUCCGGAGCCAGAUGCUGGAGACCCAGAGCAAGGAGGCCACACUGCUGGAAACCUGCAAACAGUCUGAGAGCACCCUCGCCCAACGCAGGAGCGAGCUAGAGCAACUUAACAUUCAGGUGCUGUGUGGGGAUGUAGAGGCGCUCCAUGUCCAGAAGGGUGAGCUGGAGGCACAGCUGACUGAGAGGAGGGCUAGCGUGGCUGCACUCAAACAGCAGGGAGGUCAGGAGGAGGAGAUCCUACAAAAUGUCCGCUUACAGAUCAACAAGCACAAAGCAGAGCUGAAGCACGUUCUGGAGAUGUUGCAGGUGACGGGCCAGGAGCUGCAGGCGGUGAAGCUGCAGCACGACCGGCGCCUGGACCAGCUGGAGAGGAGUCAGGAGAGCCUGCAGCAGGUGCGCGUGGAGCUGCAGGUGCUGCAGCAGGAGGCAUUGCGCCAGAAGUCUGAGGGCGAGCGCCAGAUGAGGCUGGCGGAGCAGGACCGGACGGAGCUGAGAGAGGAGGCGCAGGGAGUCCGGGAGCAAGCGGAGGAGGCCGCCAGGGAGAGGAACAGGCUGGAGGAGCAAUGCCGGAACCUGGAGGCCAGACGGACACACGCCGACCGGUGUUUGGAGGCAGCGGAGGACGGGGCGCGGGUGGCUGAGGCUGAGCUGAACAGGCUGCAUGCAGAGCUGGGCCAGCUGAGACAGGAGCAGAGACCGGCUCACACACACAGGCAGAAGAUGGAACGAGACACGGCAGCCACUCAGCAACAGCUAUACCGGGAGUCUGAGAUCUUCAGUGGUCAAAAGGAGCAGGUGGAAGAGCAAAAACGGCAAUUAGAGAUGCUGGAGGAGGAGGUGCGAGUGUUGGUCAUGGUCCGGGACAGUGUGGCGCGGGAGGAGCAGGAGGCGAGGAAGCAGCUGGAGGAGGAUGAACGAAGAGCUGAGCAGCUGGAGCACCGGCUGAUGGAGCUGCACACGGACCUGGCUGAGAGGCAGACUCAACUACAAUGUGCGCGGGGGCUGCAAUGUGAGGCCAAAGUGCGUGAGGAGAGGCAGCGGCAGAGGCUCCAGGAACUGCAGGCCCAGAGCCAGGUUGAGGAGAGCUCUCUGGCCCAGCACACACUCAGACUGGAGCAGGUCAACACUGCAGUGGCCGACAUGGAGGACAGGAGCCGGCGAGUAGUGACCAGGGACCACAAGCAGUGUGCCGUGCUGCAAGAGCACAUGCCUCUGCUUGGGCAGGAGCUGUGUGAGAGGGAGGCCCAGCUGCAGGAGCGGGCUGAGGAGCUGCUUACGCUGCAGGAGGAGCUGGGGGCGUGUCGGGCGGAGGUGCAGUGUAUGCAGGAGGAGAGGAGGAGUGCCGAGAGCAGGCUGCAGGCCCAGAAGAGCUGCGAGCACGCCCACCAAGAGAAACCAAAGGAGACAGAACAGCUGCGCAGUCAAGAGGGGGGCGAGAGCCGCCUGAGGGAGAUCAAGGAAGCCAUGCAUUGGCUGAAGACUGACGUCAAGGCAGAGCUGAACAGUGGGAUGGUAGAGCUGCCCCUCGCGCCUGACCAAGAUCCCUCCUCCUCAGACACUGACGACCACAAAGAGAACUACCCCCUCUACUCAACCCCAGCCGUGCCUAGGCUAGCCUGCAAUCCUACUGAUGAGCAGUGGAGGGGAGAGGUGCUAAGAGAGAGACUUCGACAGCAGGAGGACCUCCUGAAGGCUCAGCUGGGCAGACGCAUGUGGUCUCAGGAAGAGUUUCUGAGCCAGCGCAGGCAGCAGACCGAGGGGAGUCUAUUGGGGCUGAGCAGACGAGUGGACAAGCUGGGCCAACUGCUCGGCAACUGCACCUCGGACUCCCUCUCUCUGAGCUCCUCUGAGCCCCCACUUAAACAAGGCUGUCCAGAUGCUCCAGAGAAAUGGCGUCUCCAGGAGAGUGCGCAGGCGGAGGUGUCCCACAAACUUGUGAGACUGGAUCCUACACUACUUGAGAAGUAGCCAGGCCCCAGGCUGCGUCCAGGCCUCUGACAACCUCCCAGCCUCAGUGUAGGGUGAAGUUGCCCCUAGAUGCUGAUAUUGGGUCUUCUUUGCAUUUCCCCACUAAUGGUUAAGGUUAGGAUUGGGGGAGGGAAGCUGAUCCUAGAUCACUGCCUAGGGGAAACUUCACCUUAGAGCGUGAACAGUCAUCCUUUCUGUUCGGUGUGGCAUGCCUCAACAUGAUCCACCAUCACAGCAAUAUUUACCCAGGGUGAAGAGGAACAGUCUCUCAUCCAUCCAAAGUGCACUUGACCUGUCAGCAGGAUCAUCAAGCAAGAUUUUUUUUUUUUAUGAAUAUAUAUAUAAAACUAUGCAUUUGUGUGGCUUAAGUAUUGUAUCCUUAACAUAGUUUCCACUACCUCAACUAGUUUGAGAAGUUUUUGGGCAAAUUCAAUUACAUUUUUGCCUAUGAAUAUGCUUGUUUUUGUAUGAUAUAUUGGUAUAUUAUUUUUACUUUUCAAUAUCAAUGUCUCAUUUAUUUACAAGCUUUCCAGUCACGGUAGCAUUUAAUUCCUAGCAUCCGGCUAAUGCAUGAAAAUUCUGUUUGUUACAAUCAAUAUGUUUUCUGGACUUCACUAUAGACAUAUGUUGCUCUCCGGUUUUGUGAUUAAACAAAGGUGUGGUAGAAUUUAUUGUCUCGGCCUUGGGCCUAUAUAUCAGGGUUUCAAGGCAUAUGAACUAACAGGUUAUAGAGCAAGCAACGCAAUUAUCGCAACACAUAAAUUGUCAUGGAUUUUUU